AUGCCUGCUGCUGCCCUGGGUCGGGUGAUCUCCUUGGUCGGUCUCCUGGCACUAGCAGCCGCAGAACCUGCUUGCAGCAGCUUUCAAUGUCCACCAGGUUUCGAUCGCAGGCAAGACGCAGAUGUUGCUGAAGGGCGACCUUCUCGAGCAGAGUGUUGCCAACGUCUUUGUACAAAUUUUCGGUGUCCGCCUGAAGCGGGCUUCGUUUCCUUGGAUGACGCAUCCUUGGUCGGAAGCAACACUUCCACGUGCUGCGCACGGGCGCCGCCUUGUGCUGUGGACUUCCGGUACGUGCCACUGGACAUGCCGGGGUCCCAGCCAGAUCUGAAGGUUGCCUCCUCCGUGGAAUGCUUCCGAAGGUGUGAAGCCUUCGAAGGAUGUGCCGGCUUUUCCUGGCUUUCGGAUGGUAGUUGCCAUCUAGCUGGUCCCAACUCAACGCUCGUUCCCAUGCCGGGCGGCGUAGCCGGCAAUGAAAGCUGCUACGCGCCGCGACCAGCUUCAACUUCGAGAACUUCGAGUUUUCUGGAUCCCAGCGUCCAAUGGCAGUACUGUCAGCGACGUCCGCAGCAGUGCACAGGCAAGGGGUACGAGGUCGCUGUGCAGGCUGUUCCCAGGAUGUUGCAGACUCUUCGACAACCAGUACAGCAACAGUAUAGCGGCUGGCAGAAGCCCGAUGUUGCGGACUUUAAGAUUGCAGGUUUGUCGAUUGUGGACUGGGAUGGCGAUGGUGACCUGGAUAUCGUGACAUCCCGCGAGGACGGGCGCCUUGUCCUCUUCCUGCAGGACCCCGACGGCAGGCUGUCCGAGGCGGAUGGUGCCUUCAGCUCGAUCCAAGUGGGCAAGUGGGCGAAACCAAGCGCCGUGGACUGGGAUGGUGACGGUGAGCUUGACAUUCUUGUUGGCAACGAAGCCGGGGAGCUCAUCUUCUUGAAGGGCUCUGGCAGCGGCACGGUCGAGCCGACUCCCUCCAUGCAGGUGUACACCUUCAAGUACACUGCGCCGGCCGUGGGGGAUCUGAACAACGACAGCUACCCGGACCUGGUACUGGGCCACGCCUGCCAGCUGGAUGUUUAUCUGGGGCAGGAGAAUGGUGGCCUCAGCUUUGCAGCCUCCUUCAAAGACUUCUCUCCCAGCCGGGAGAUAUGGGAGGAGGAGAGGAAGGGGACUUGUGCCAUUGUGCCCGCAAUUUGGGAUUGGGAUGGUGAUGGGCUCUUGGAGGUGGUCGUCGGCGACUACAUGGGCAAGCUCUACUUGUGUCGCUUCGCGGGCAGUCUGACGUGCGACGGUGAUGCCUUUGACGGCUUUGGUGCCGGCAAGAUGGCCGCCCCGGCGGCUGCUGACUGGGACGGCGACGGGUUUCCGGAUCUCCUCGUACACAGCUCGAGCAGCUACGACCUCCUGUGGUUUCGGCAGGACCCUUCGGGAGCUCUGCAGAUCCCAGAAGACUCAUCUCCCUUCCAUCUCUUUGAUGUGGGUGGGCACGCAGUGCCUGUCCUGGUUGAUUGGGAUCGAGAUGGCGACCUAGACCUCAUCGUCGGAAGUGCCGACGGGAGGCUUUGGUACUUUCCCCAGGAGAACGGCAAGUUCACAUCCUUCAAUCGCCCCCAUGGACCUUUUGCCAACGUCGAUGUGGGGUCCGAUUGUGCACCCACUGCCGUGGACUGGGACUCGGAUGGGUUUCCCGACCUUGUGAUCGGCAACGAGGCUGGCAAACUGGUCCUCCUCCAAGGAGCGGGAAAGCAUCCGCCCCAGCUCGUGGAGGCAAGCCCGUUCUCCGCCAUCGAUCUCAAGACCCGAAUCCGCCCGGCCGUGGUUGACUGGGAUGGUGAUGGCGAUUUGGACCUCAUCGUCCUCACUGGGUUCUGGGACGAGCCAAUCCUCUACUUCAAAAACCUGCGGGGCAUCUUCACGCAGGUGCGUCGCGAGGUCAACCCGUUUGCAGAUGUGAAGAUAGCUGGCGUCUUCAACCCUGCGACAUCCGGUUUCUUCGGCUGCUUUGAGCUUGUGGACUUCGAUUCCGAUGGAGAUUUGGAUCUCUUGCUGGCACAGUACCCCUAUGAUACGCUCUCGCUACUGGAGCAACUUUCAGAUGGUAGCUUCGCGCGGGUGACAGGCCGCCAGAGCCCAUUUCCAGAGACGAUUUCGCUCGAGGGUGCCUUUCCUGGAGGGGGGGGUCUGAGCAAUCCCUGCCCGGCCCACGGAGACAUUGACGGGGAUGGGGUUGCCGACGUCGUUCUAGGGGAUCAUUCUGGACGAAUCACGUUGCUCCACCGAAGAGUCCAGCAGGAAUCUGGUCCGGGAACACAACAGCUCGGAGUUGCGAACCCCUUCAACGAGAUCGUUGCAGAUGGUCCUUGCCGACAGCCUACAGUGAUCGAUUGGAACAAGGACGGGCGACCAGACGUUCUCAUCAACAGGCACAUUGCUGUGCGAAUGUUUCUGCAGCAGGCAGACGGCUCCUUGCGGGAGGCUUCUCCAGCAGAGAUGGAUGCCGCCACGAAUGAGACCUUUGCGUACAUCUCGUCGCUGGCAUAUGGGGCCGUGACAGGAUCAGUGUCGAUGACUGCAGCAGAUUGGAACAGGGACGGAGAUGAGGAUCUGGUAAUUCUGCACCCUUCCGGUAUCUGGCUGUUGGAACGCAGUGGUGCAAAUUUUCUUCCUGCGUCGCGCCUGUUCACCUGGCACCCCGACAUGUCCUACUCAGUACGAGCAGUGGCCGUAGCCGACUGGGAUGGAGAUGGCUACCUCGACAUUCUGGCCGGGAACUUGAAGACUUCAAAGGUGAUGUACCUCCGGCAGGAUCCUUCUGUCGGCCUUUAUAUUGUACCAGAGGAGGAGAGCCCUUUCUCUGACAUCGUGGCACAAGGCAUGCCGGCUCCCACGGUGGCCGACAUCGAUGGAGACGGAAAGCUCGAGCUGCUCGUGGGCAUGGCUUCCGGGAAUUUGUGGACCUACCACCGAGACGACACCGAGAAGCUGGUUCGGACGUCCACCCAGCGCUUCUUCAGUGGGUACCUCGUGCCUGUGCUGGUGGAUUGGGAUGGAGACGGCGAGGUUGAAGCCGUGGUGGGCUCCUGCGCUGGAGACCUGAUGUAUCUCAAGCGCCAGCUCUGCAGCCUGCAGGACGCUUGCUUCCAUGACUCGGGCAUCUGCCGUGCCAGGUCACAAGUGUGCCAGUGCUUGCAAGGUCACACAGGAAACGAUUGCUCCAAAUGCGCCAGUGGCUUCAGCUCCUCUCCGAAGAGUUCAGAGGAUGGCCACAGGUGCUAUUCUUGUCCCGGACUCCAGUCCGGAAACGGAACAUGCAGCAACAGAGGAGUCUGCGUCGAUGACGACUUGGUCCAGAGGCUUGAGCUUGCUGCCGGGACAAUGGACCCGUCAGAAGUCCAUGUGCUGCGGGGCACGGGGCGGUGCACCUGCAACGCCCACUUCUUCGGCGAGGACUGCAGCCAGGGCGAAUGCCCAGCCGGACAAGAGCCGACACUGGACUUGACCUCCAGGUCCACACUUUGCCGGACGUGCUUACAAGGCACUGGAAAGGAGCAGCUGGGGAACCACGCUUGUGGAGCCUGUCCUCCGGGAGCGGCCGCGAACGGCACCGGCUUCUGUGCUCCGUGCGAUGUGGGCAGCUACCAGGCGCGUCCCGGGCAGGCGGCCUGCCUGCUUUGUGACGCAGGCAGAGCCCCCAGCAGCGAUGGCACCCACUGCCAGCGAUGUGUGCGUGGCACCUUUGCCGCUGCUGGCUCCCCUUCGUGCCAGCGGUGUGACAAGGGCUUCUACCAACCCACCCCAGGACAAGCCGAGUGCCUCCUGUGUGAUGCGGGCUCCCGGACGGAUGAUGGACACACGAGCUGUGCUCCCUGCCCACCUGGCACCAUCGGGAGGCUUCCCGGGGCCGCUUGCAAGCCCUGCUCGAUGUUCACCACUGCCGAUGCCGGCCGUACGCACUGCGUCAUUGACUGGGUUCUCAUGGUGGGUGCAGCCGCCUUCACGGUCCAGACUUUGGUGUUCUUCAGGCUUCUGGUGUUUCUUCCCGGGGUGCGCAGGUCUAUCGCUGACAUUACCUGGUCGGUGGUCGAUGAAGCCGUCAUCCUCACAACGCAAGGCAGCCAUCACUUUGGCUCCCGGCUCUUGAAGGUGCGGCUGCAGGAUACGGAAGUCCCUUGGCUGGACCACGGGCCCAAGAAUCCCUUCCUCUACGUGCGAAGGCUGUCCCCGACACAGCUCCAGCUGUUCACGGAGCCGACUCUUCCUUUGACACAAGUCAGUGAAGCUUCCAUCGGCACACUGAAGCCGCUGUUCAUGGUCGAAGCCCUCGGCACCGUGUUCCUCCGAAUCCCAGUGCUGAUAUGGCUGGCCAUGGUUGCAGUGGGCCUCAUUAUCAUUUGCAGCCUGGUCCGCAUCCCUUGGUGGUAUGUACUUCUGACAGCCACCCUGGAUGCUGCCUUGCUCCUUUGCCUGCAGAUCCGUCAAGCUGCACGAGGCUCGCGCACUCCCUUGCGAAGCCUCCUGCGCAAGUACGAGGAGCAUCUGCAGACUGUGAACCCGUAUCCAGUUGGCUGCAAACCAGGCCCCAAGCGUUCUGUGAGCGUCGCGCAGGUGCUGCACCUCAACGAGUUCUUCCGGCCGUUGAUUCAGCACAGGAACAUGUACUACAUCUGCCCAAACAUUGUCAAGCCUGCGACCAGCAAGUGGGAGCUUUCCUUUGCUGAAGUCGCGGGCAAUGGAAUGGUCGACUGGUUCAUCUCUCACUUCUGGGGACUGCCCUUCAACGAGUUUGCUCACAGCCUGCGGGCGCACGCCGUGCAAGUUGGCGGCGCCCACUGGGAAGCGCUCCGCUACUGGAUCUGCACCUUCAGCAACAACCAGUGGCGUUUGCACGAGGAGAUCCCGCCCGGCGCCGCGCCGAGGGAGUCCUCCUUCUUCAAGGCGCUCACGGCGCCUUCGUGCCAGGGCACCGGCAUGAUGCUGGACACGGAGGUCACUCCCUUGAGGAGGUCCUGGUGCCUCUUUGAGAUGUUGCACACCUUCAUCCAGCACGAAGCCAGCCAGAGCGUGAAUCGCUUGGUGCCCUUCCUGGGCCUCUUCAUGCUGACGCCGAACGGCGUGCUCAAUGCCGGCCGUGGCAGCCUGGACACCGCCCUGAAGAUCGGGCAGCAGCUCGCCAAGCUGCGCUUGGAGAACGCCUCCGCCACCCGAGCGGAAGACAAACAGCGCAUCGACGACGAGGUCCGCAACUCCCCGGGUGGAUUUGCGGCCAUCAACCGCAAGCUGCGCGGCGAGAUCAACCUCGUCUUGGAGCACAUGUCGGAACGAUUCACAGACGACUUGACCGCGCUGACGUCGCAGUUGCAUGAGAGGGAUGUGCAGGAUGAAGACGUCGACUCGUCCGCGGUAGGGGAACAGCAGGAGGGCACCUCGGAAGCCCCAGAAGUGGCGUCUACGCAAAAGCCGGGAAGCCACGGCUGGUGGUGGAGACGAUGGCUGUGGGGGGAUGUGACGCGCGAAAGUGCACGCAACGCCAAGGCGUCGAUAAUUCAGUUGUAG